UAUAUAAUAUAUAUUCUUCAUUAUAAUUUCGUUAAAGACUUUACCCGCCAAUUUUAAUAAAUUUACAAUUAAUAAAUAAUAUUUCAUAUUAAUUAGUGCGUACGUGAGAUGUAAUCAAAUGUUCUAUUUUCCCUCAAAUUUUUUUUGCUAAUUAAAACCACACCACUAUAAUUCCUCUAAAGUAUCUCUUCCAACAUUUUUGACCCGUGGUUUUAUUUCAUCUUAAUUGAUUUCCUGAUGAGUAGUCAAGGUGGUCAGCUCAGGGAGAGUAAAAGUGGAGAACGAGUGUAAUAAGUUAAUCAUUCCAUCUUAGAUUUCAUUUAUAUUGCAAUACACUAAUGUAUUAUCACUAAAUAAAAUUUUGUUUCCACUAAUGUAAGAUAACACUUAAGGGAAAUCAAACAAUUUAAUUCAAACCUUUAAAUAAAAGCGCAAUUUAAAAAUAUCCAUGUAACAAAUAAAAUAUAUGAUAAUUCAAUUAAAAAUAAAUGUCUAUCGCAAUAAAAUUAAAAGAAAUAAAGUUACGUGCUAAAUUCUUUAGAUUUUCAUCCAGCGAAACAAGGCAUAACACUCAAUUGAAUCGUCAUGUUCCGACACGACCCGUUCUAACCUGUAAGGUGUAGAAAAAAAUGGAAAGUACAUGGGAAUACUUAGUAGGGCAUAAAAAUUAAUGGUGCAAUCCCGAAUUUUUUUUUAAAACACGUAUCAAAAAAUCAUAUUGUCUCAUAUCUUUAAAAAUCGGUAAAACCUCAUAUCAUAUCAUAUCAUUUGUAUCGGAACAGCCAUAUCAUUCAUAUCAUAGCAUGUCAUAUCAUAUCUUUAGCUUUCAUGAGUACAAUAAUUCAUUAACAUGAAAAAAAUAAUUAAAUGGGAUAGAAUACAUUGCACCUCGAUAUACUACCUUGUUAACUUGCUUUAAUUUUUGGAAGACAAAACAAAAUUCACGUUCCAACAAUUCCUUUUUCUGCCUCUGCUUGUGCCGUGCAUGUAUGUGUAUGUGUGUGUGUGUGUGUGUGUGUGUAUAUAUAUAUAUAUAUAUAUAUAUAGAGGCAAUUAUACAAGAGUUGGUACAUUGUGGGGAAACAUGUGGGAUGAGGGUGUAGAAAAUGGUAGGUUGCAUGCACACGUCUCUAUCAUGUAAGGUGACAUAUUUUAACCAACCACUUUAUGGGACACUUGGCAAGCUAGAAAAUUUUUGCACCAAAAUAUAAGAAUAACGAAAUAAAACAAAUUGAUAAUUCCUCAGCAACCAAUCCACAAGUGGCUGUCUCGUAACCUUUUUUUUUUUUUUUUUGUAAAAUCUAUUUUUAAUUAAAAAAAUCAAUCACUAUCCUACCAAAAAAUCUUGCUCUAUACACGUCAACCGUAAAAUUUUUUGAAUUCAUUAAAUAAUCAACUAAAAUAUAAUUUAAGGCCAUAUUUUUCGACCUCGAUAACUUGGCCUCCGCUUAAUCAGAUUAACUUUUUCUCGAGCUAAUAUACAUGAUUAAUUACAAUCUAUCCAACGAGCCCAAUAUUCAUGUACUUAUCAUUAUUCGGUCAAUAUCUAAAUAUUUGACCUAAAUAAAAUUGAAAUUUACUAUGUAUUACUUUCGUUCCUAACUUUUCAAAAUAUUAAGAUAUAACAUAUAAAAAUUUAAUUCUAUUAUAUGAAAUUUUGGGAUUUUACAAUUUUGUUGUUGUCUUCCAAAAAUUAAAGCAAGUUUACAAGGUAGCAAUCCCCAAUGGAAGUCACCUGGCAAGCACGUACUGUGCCCUAUCCAUAUUAAAGACAGUUGGCUAUGAUAUAUCACUCGAUGACUCUAAAUCUUUAUUGAGAUCAAUGAGAAACCUUCAGCAGCCUGAUGGGAGGUUGAAGGAUGAUAUGGUGGUGGUUUUUACUCGAUCCUUUUCUAAGAAUGGCUCGAAAGACUGGACUCAUAGAAUUUAUCUGAAUGACUGAUCUGGCCAUCUUACUCAUCGUAUUUCAUCUGUCCCAGUGUUAUGCCCAUUCAUAUUGGGGCAGAGAUGGAUCUCCAAUCUGUAUUUUGUGCAGAACUGAAGUGGCAUGGACAGGGAAAAAGCUAAGGAUUACAGAAUAAGUUUCCAGUCAUAUGAUGGUGGUUUUGGGUUGAUACGUGGUUCAGAAUCUCACGGGCUGGCUCCUAUCGAGAGCACUGCAGAAUUGACCGGAUCACAGAAAUUCAGUUCAGUCUCUGUCUGGUGCAGAGGCAGGCACAAGACGGUGGCUUUCAAGGGUUGGAGGAGUUCUAAAGAUCUUGGGACGACAAAUUCCUUGAUGAGGGAGGGAGGUUUGCAUGGGUUUCUAUUAACAUGUCAGUCAGAGCUGUUGCUGCAAUUGGGCUCUGACUCGUACUUAUCAUUUUUCGCUGUUAUAGUACAAUUUGGAUCUGGCCUCCAUGCUACAGUAUUGGAGAGUAUGCUUUAUAUUUUCUACUAUAUUUGAUCUGUAUGUAACUCAUUAUUUGGCUAUUUAUGUAUAAGUAACAUUAUUCUUUUGCGAUAUAUGUAUGAUACAGCAUUGUGAGACAUUGAGCAUAAAGUAAUCAUAUGAAAUCAUUCAUACUCU